AUGGAAUUGGAAUUAAGACACGCGUGUGUAACAGUAGAACAACCUGUACUAUGGCAUGGUACUGAUCAACACGCUGUUCUUAAUAUCAAUCACUAUGGUUUUAAUAGAAGUUAUUGUGGUAAAAACGCCACUUUAUAUGGACAAGGAGUUUAUUUUGCAGUUUCAUCCUCUUAUUCUGUUGGAUAUGCCAGUGGACGACCAGGACAAGGGCAGAUGUACCAGUGUAAAGUAUUGGUGGGUCAAUAUACACGAGGAAACAGUUCAUAUAGAGUUCCACCAUCAAAACCAGGAACAUUUAGUGUUUAUGAAUCUUUAGUUGAUAAUGUUAAUAAACCAUCAAUGUAUGUUAUAUUUCAUGAUUCUCAGAUCUAUCCUGAAUAUCUUAUAACAUUUUAA